AACAACCAUUUAUUUUCAGUAGUUCACACUAGGCUGAAGGCUAAACUGUACGUUUCACUGAUCGGCCAGAUAGCUGCUUCAGUUAUCAUAGUCAUUCAGCGGAAGUGUUCCCACAGCUGCACACCAAUAUGUCAACAGUGGGCCGUUCAUAUGAUAACCUACUUAAAAACCGCUGCGUGGUCGUAAGGCUGAUUUGCUACCUAUUUGCACUGACCGGAGGUGUUUUGGUAACAGCACUGGCAUACUUGUCCCUGACACGUUUGAACGUUUUAAGCGUCGAGAGUCAACGCUGGGGCCUUCAUGAACACCAGAAACAUUUGGCACAGCUGAGUAUAGCUGAAAUAACCGUGGGAAGCGCACUUGCUCUGGUAGCUUUGUUAGGAUGCGUCGAGACAUUGAUCACAAAAAAGGUUGUUCGAGCCCGCCGCGAAGCAACUGUGGCUAUGAGCGACGUACUGUCGCGGAAGAUGGAGAGGAGACAGCAGGAAGGAGUGGAGGACAGGGCGCUUGAUACAGUCGCCGGCGUGAUCAUCCUCGCCCAAAUUGCUGUCUCACUGGCUGCUCUCACACUCAUGGUUUGGGUUGAGAAAGAUAUUCCGCCACGGCGAACUAAUUGCAGGGGUUGCAUGGAGGACUUGCUCUUCGUGGUUCAGCGGAUGAUACCAACAAUCGCGGCAUUCCUGUUUGCUUCAGCUCUUUCUCAGUGUUUCAUCAUCGUUAUUAACAAAGUACUGACUAAUCGAGAAAUUGUACAAGCCAAGAUUGACCGUAUGAACAAUCUGCAGUCUUAUAAACUGAGCUCUGUUAACAUGGAUGAAUACCGUGGAAAGUGGGCACAGCGGCGACCUACGUCCAGGAGCACCAACAUCAACUUCUCGGGCUCUUUAUUCCAUCGUUCCCUCGCCGAAUGUCCGAGCGUGUUCGACACACCUCAAGGACAGCAAUCAAAGUUCCAGCAUGAGCAAAUCGAUGUCCGAAUGACUUUAGCACCCAAGAAGCAGCCCAUCAAGAUUGUGGUAACUCAGCCAUCGGAUGACGUCACAAGGACAUUGUCCCGCUCGUGGCCAAGUGAGGACGCACCUGUACCACCCGACUUCAGUCACUACGCAAACAUCGAGUGAAGUGAUUCACUGUAAUUUAAAUUUCGUCGAUUUCCUCAGGAUUCAAAUAUAAUAGUGAGCCUUACUUGACUGAAGAUUCUCAUCCUCGAAUUAGUAGGUUUCAUCAUCGAAUCAUUUUUCUUGCUACAUUGUUUGCUGCAUUAAAGUGUUUUUUUAUUUGUUAGGAUUGACCUUGGCGCUAUUAUUAAUUUUAUGGAAUAAUGUUUCUUACGCACAAAGCAACCUGAAAAAUAAACAUUUUUAAAAUGUUU